UCUGAGUGCCCGCUGAGCGUGCUGUCUGUCCCAGGCUCCCAUGACUCGUUCAGCUUCUACAUUGAUGAAUCGUCCCCGGUGGGCCCCGAGCAGACAGACACGGUGCAGAACUUUGUCUCCGUCUUCGGGGCAGUGGCUAAGAAGCUGAUGAGGAGAUGGCUGGCGACCCAGAGCAUGAAUUUCAGGAACCAGCUGCAGGCUGGCAUUCGCUACUUUGACCUGCGUAUCUCCACCAAGCCCAGGGACCCUGACAACCAGCUCUACUUUGCCCAUGGGUUAUUCAGUGCCACCGUGAGGGAGGGUCUGGAACAGAUCAACGCCUUCCUGUUGGAGCAGCCGCGGGAAGCUGUCAUUCUUGAUUUCAACCACUUCUACGGAAUGCAGAAAUGCCACCAUGAGACUCUGAUCGGGAUGCUGAGGGAAUGCUUCCAGGAGCGGCUCUCUCCCGUUAUCUUUGCCCAGGAGGUCAGCCUUCAGUAUCUCUGGGAGAAGGGAUACCAGGUGCUGGUGUUCUACCACAACCCUGUGGCUCUGGAGGUCACCUUCCUGUGGCCUGGUCAGAUGAUGCCGUCCCCUUCCCCGAACACCACUGACCCCGAGAAACUGAUCCAGUUUGUUCAGGCCUCCAUCGCUGACCGCCGCAGUAAGGGCACCUUCUUUGUCUCACAGCUGGUCCUCACCCCCAAGGCCAGCACCGUGAUGAAAGGGGUGGCCAGUGGCCUGAGGGAGACCAUCACCGAACGGUAAGA